CAGAAAAGAAAACAGAAAAAACCACCCACAAAACGUUUAUAAGAUCGAACGAAACCAUUUUAUCUUCAUUUCUUUAAAAGUUUUCAUUUAAUCAAGAUAAGCACUGUAAACAAAUAACCCAGUAAAAUGUCAGUGGCCGUAAAGCGACAGCUUUCGGUUUCAGAAACCGUAGAAAACGCCAUCAAAGUCCCAAAAAAGAUUCGAAUUCACGCGAAAACGACAGGAAGCCGAACACCAUCUAUCCUUGCCUCCUUGGAAUUAGCCGCUUCAGCCAACAAUAGCAAGGAUCUCCUGGAAGUUCUGGUGAAAAUUUGCGAUGAACUUAAUCUGGACGAAGCUCUACCAGAGCUCUACGAUUGCAUACGUAAACUAAUUGAAAUCUUCCGCCAAGAACCGGAGUCAACAAUCCGCACUAAGAUCUUGGGACUAUUCGCGGAUUUCGCCGAAGUGAAGGUCAGUGAAAUCUUGAAUGUUCUCAUUGAUGAAAUCGUCAGUGUGCUGAAGAGUGAGAAGUCGGCGAAAGUCAUCGCUCAGGGUUUGUAUAGUUUGUUUAGGAUUGGCACAACAGCUUCUUCGCACCUUCCAUCGACUCAUGUCACUAAGAUGGGAUUCUUUGCUCAAAGCCAUAUCACAUCGGGUAAUCUGAACACGCAAAAGAAUGCUUUGCUGGUGCUGGGAGCAUUCAUUAGCCUUGCAGAAGCCAAGAAAGGUGUUCUCGAUAAUAUCGCUCAUUAUGCGGACUCGCAGGACGCCGGAGUCAGAGCCCAGGCAUUCAGAUCGAUAUUGACGCUCGGCGAACGGGGAGCUGUGCUUCCGCAUACGCUGUUCAGUCGGGCUGUCGCAGCAAUGCAGGACGACUAUGAAUGUGUGAGGAAGGAAGCCCUACAGCUGGUCUUCGAGCUGGGCAUUCGACAUCCGGACUAUGUGAUCAACUUUAACGACGAGGAAUUGCGUCUCAUCGAUGCUGCUUUUGGAAAGGUUUGCGGAGCACUUUGCGACCUCUCGAUGCAGAUUCGUACUCAGGCAGCCGAGUUGCUGGGCAACAUGACGCAGGUCAGCUCGGAAUUUCUCCAUCAGACCCUUGACAAGAAGCUCAUGAGUAAUUUGCGUCGCAAAAAGAGCUUGCACGAACGCUCUAACGACCUCUUUGCCAGUGGGGAAUGGUCCUCGGGCAAGCGUUGGGGUGAUGACGCUCCCAAGGAACAACUUGAAGCUGCCUCUAUAUCCCUGAUUGCUUCGGGUGCAUGUGGAGCACUAGUUCACGGUCUUGAAGAUGAAUUCCUCGAGGUUCGGACAGCAGCCGUAGGUUCUAUGUGUAAGCUUGCUGUCACCAACACUGAUUUCGCAGUGACCUGCUUGGAUUUCCUGGUCGAUAUGUUCAAUGACGAAAUCGAAGAUGUCCGCUUGAAGGCCAUCUACAGUCUGACUGCAAUUUCGAGGCAUAUCAUUCUGCGCGAAGACCAACUGGAAAUUAUGCUGAGUUCUCUAGAGGACUACUCGGUCGAUGUUCGUGAAGGCCUCCACCUGAUGUUGGGCGCUUGCAAAGUUUCCACACAAUCUUGUUUGCUUAUGGUCGUGAAGAAGCUUUUGGAUGUGCUCUCGAAGUAUCCUCAAGACAAACUCUCUGCUUUUGGGUGUAUGAGGAAGGUUGGCCAGAAGCAUGCCGACUUGUGUUUGGCAGUCACCACAGACUUGUUGCAGGAUCAUCCAUUCUUCGAUAGUUCCGAACGCGAUGUCGAGGAUCCCGAGUACAUUUGCAUCCUAAUUAUGUUAUUCAACGCCGCAGAGCAUCUGAUGCCCAUCAUAAGUCUCUUUCCAGAUGUGACACUUAAGCACUAUGCAUAUCUGCGAGACACCAUGCCAGAUUUGGUGCCUCAUCUACCGAUUGAAGGUGCCUCCAUUAAGAAGCCUCUUAAGAUGACCGGAUCGACGACUUCCCGUCAGUUUCUGGACACAAUUCUUGAAAAUAUUCAGUCGUCCUUUGCAAUCACAAGAAAUCGUGUGCCUCUUCUAAAGACCGCACAGGAAAACCUCAAUCGUUUGGGUGAGAUUGAUCCAGAGAUGUUUGGAACGGCCAACUUUUUAGGAACUUUCCUGGCUGCCCAGAUUCUCAUCGAACAACUUCAAACCUUCACAACGUCACAAAGAAGUCGGACACCAUUGAAAGAGUCUCUAUCACAACUCAUUCGGAAUUGCUUGAAACUACAGAAUUUCUUCUCGGGCCUGACCUACAGUGACAUGUUGUUGGUGAAACAAAUUUGUCUCAGAGCAAGUGCUCUGCAUCUCGUGCUGAUUGUCAAAGAUCGUUCCCAAAGUGCCCUGGGUCCAUGUCAAUUGCUCCUGCAUACAGCUGCGGAUAUAAGUAACUUUCUAACCGAUGGCGUCGCUCCAGAUCCAUUUACUACUUCUCUGUUGAGUCAAUUGUCGACAAUAUCAGAUCCCAAGCCAGGAAGAGUAUUCCGGGAAAUUCUACCAAUUGUUCAAAUGGCCUCACCCGUAGUAACUCCACCCGCGAAUGUAAACAUCAAAAUGUGCACAGCCCGUAUUGUCGAUCCCUGUCCGGACCAGACCCAGGACAAUGCUAUCAAAGUCACAGCUGGACUCAUCGCUGCUUUGCCAUUUGUGGCCGAAUUUGGAAAUCUUCAAGAAACCCAAAAACAAGAGAUGCGAAUCAAAAUCAAAUAUCCAGACCAGAAUGUCCAUACUGUGGUUCCAAAACAAACGGACUUUAAGAAGAUUAUGACUGAAACUGGAGAACACGAAACCAACUGCAGAUUAAGGACGACUAUACUCUUGUCGCACAGUGUCUGGACUGAAGCUUCUUCGGUGGAGAUAAGCAUCUGUUUAGCUGUGCGACCGGGUACGGAAUUGGAACUAUGCAAACCAGCUAAGAUAUUAUUCGCUCCCAAACCUGUACGAAGAGGAAUUUGAAUGCUCUUCCUUUUUAUUCAUUUUGAAAAUGUUUACUUAAAUUGUUAGAUUUACAUUUUUUUUUUUAUUUUUUAUUUUUAAAUAAAAGAUGAAAUUUUGUAAAAUAAUUAA